AGCGGCCCCCGCGGGGCCCUGGCCCUUCCCCGCGGGCGGGCGCUGCCAGCGCUUAUGUAAAGAGGUCGGGCCCGGCCUGCUCCGCCGCGGGGCGCACGCGGCCUCCGGCUCAGGUGUGGCGGCUGCGGGUGGGGAGGUGCGCGGAGCAGCCGGGCCGGCCUCCUCCCCGCCGGCGGCUCCGCUUCCCCUUCGCGCUGCUCGUCCCUUCUCCUCGCCUGCCUGUGUGACGGCGGCGUGCGGGCUGGGGAAGGACCGCGCGCCCUCUCCCCGGCUCCCCGCCGUCCCGGCUGAUGCGCGGUCUGCGCCCGGCCACCGCGCUCCUCGGGCCCGGCUGUGGCCAGGCGCGGACGCCGCCGGACCGCGCAGUCUGGAGGGACCGUGAAGCGCUGGCCGGCGUCGGGGCCCUUGCCCGGGGUCGGGCGGGAGCCGGCGGACGCGAGCCAGAUGGAGGCGGCGAGAGGGGGCGCCGAGUAGCGGGCGGCUCCCCGGGCUCGCACCUCCCGCGGCGCCCCGGCGCUCCGCGGGCACCGGGGCGCGGCGGGCGGGGCCGCCGGGGCUGCCAUGGAGGUGCCUAACGUCAAGGACUUCCAGUGGAAGCGCCUGGCGCCGCUGCCCAGCCGCCGGGUCUACUGCUCCCUGCUGGAGAGCGGGGGGCAGGUCUAUGCCAUCGGGGGAUGUGACGACAGCGGCAUCCCCAUGGACUGCUUUGAGGUCUACUCCCCCGAGGCCGACCAGUGGACCGCCCUGCCCCCCCUGCCCACAGCCCGGGCCGGGGUGGCCGCCAUCGCCCUGGGGAAGCGGAUCAUGGUGAUCGGGGGUGUGGGCGCCAGUCAGCUGCCCCUGAAGGUCGUGGAGAUGUACAACAUCGAUGAGGGCAAGUGGAAGAGGAGGAGCGUGCUGCGCGAGGCCGCCAUGGGCAUUUCUGUCACUGCCAAAGAUUGCCGAGUGUACGCGGCAGGCGGGAUGGGCCUAGACCUCCGUCCGCACAACCACCUCCAGCACUAUGACAUGCUCAAGGACAUGUGGGUUUCACUAGCACCCAUGCCCACCCCGAGAUAUGCUGCCACCUCCUUCCUCCAAGGCUCCAAGAUCUAUGUGCUGGGGGGACGACAGUCCAAGUAUGCAGUCAAUGCCUUUGAGGUCUUUGACAUCGAGACUCGCUCCUGGACCAAGUUCCCCAACAUUCCCUGCAAGCGGGCCUUCUCCAGCUUUGUGACCCUGGAUGACCGCCUCUACAGCCUGGGGGGUCUGAGGCAGGGUCGGCUCUACCGGCAGCCCAAGUUCCUCCGGACCAUGGACGUGUUCGACAUGGAACAGGGGGGCUGGCUGAAGAUGGAACGCUCGUUCUUCCUCAAGAAGCGGCGGGCAGACUUUGUGGCCGGCUCUCUGAGUGGACGGGUCAUAGUGGCUGGAGGACUCGGGAACCAACCCACGGUCCUGGAGACGGCAGAGGCGUUCCACCCCGGGAAGAACAAGUGGGAGGUCCUCCCCACCAUGCCCACGCCCCGCUGUGCCUGCUCCAGCAUAGUUGUCAAGAACUGCCUCCUGGCUGUGGGGGGCGUCAACCAGGGUCUGAGCGCCGCGGUGGAAGCGCUGUGUGUCUCUGACUCCUAGGUGUCCCUGGGCCCAGCACCUUUGCCCCGGGCCAGAUCACUCCACUCUUGGGCAGUUUGGGUGACUUCCCAGGAUGCUAGGUCCUGUCAGCAGCUAGUGGGCUCAGGCCCUGGGGCUCUGAGGGACCUCCCUCCACCUCCAAACUGUACCAAUCCCAGGAGACGGUAAGAAGACGCGUUGACUCCGCCAGCCUCCAGCUGGAGCCCAGCAGAGCUCUGAGGAGACUCCUCCCUUAGUGCUCAGGCAGAGGAAGGCCCAGGAGUACCUGCUACCUCCCCUUCCAGUGAGCUCUGCCCACCACCACCACCACCACCACCCCCACCCCCGGCGUCCGGGGCAGGAGGUGGGUAGAGCAGAAGACAACGGCUACCAUUAUGAGGAUGGGGAGGAUUGGGAUGGAAAAUGGCGAAGGGCUGCAAGGAGUCCCAAACCCCUCUUCUCUCCCGUGGUCCGCAUCCUUCCCCCAUUUGGCGGUCAACCUCGGGCCUGCCCUAGCCCUCAUCUGCUCGGCGAGAAGUGACCUUGGAACAGGGGCCGCUGGGUUGGAAGGGAAGCCAGGUUCGGCUUCCCCGCUCCUCUCCUCACUCACUUAGUCCUUCUGCCACCCCUCCCUGGCCCUUUCGUCCCCGGCGACCCCGGAGUGUUUCUGUGCAAAACCUCACAUACACCGGGGCAUCAAAGUCCACGAAGGCUGGAUUCGUGGCACUCGGGUUAACAGGAGCAGCACAACGAUUAAAAUCUAUAUUCCUAUCCUCUCGGGCAGCUGGUGCAGGGGCAGGGUGGAC